AUGGCGUCUCCGACUCUAUGGAAACUACUACGAAACCCGUCCGCCUCUAAAAUCUCAACAUUUCUCCGGCAAACCCAUCCACUCACCCAAAUCCCCAAACCACGCGACACUACGCCAUUGUCGAAUCCACCCGAAGCAGAAUAUUUGAGAUCGAAUCUUUCUUUAGGCGCACCCGUUUACCCUAGCUUUCCGUUCGGGCUCUUUCUCGGCCCGGUUUCCCAGGGCCCAUCAAUCCGACCCCAGCCCGACAGCGAAAUGGCUCCGGACGAGUCUAUUAUCAUACGAGCUGAUAGUGUGAAGAAGAAGAGAAAAAAGAAGAUGAACAAGCACAAGCUGAGGAAGCUAAGAAGGCGUCUCAUGAGGAAAACGUAG